AUGGCCGCGCAAGAUCAGCUGUUGGAGAAAUUCCUUGAGCCUAUCCAAAUCGACCUCGAAACCUGUCAUGCUUUGACCUACGGCUUUUUCGACUGCUUCAAGGCGCUGGCGGCCAAUCCCACCGACCAGUUCCUCCCAACCCCGAUAUCCGAUGCCAUCCUGCGUCCCAUUGCCGACACUGGUUGUGGAAGGAAUCUCGCCAUUGACAUUGGUGGAACUAAUCUCAGAGUUGGCUUCAUCGAGCUUCUUGGGAAGCAGCAAGGCGCGGUCCAGAAGAAUGACGCAAACGGCGCACAUGGUGUUGAUGCAAUCAACGGAGCUACGCUUGCAAAGGGCACUUUGCAUACACCUCCAAGCCGCAUCCGACGCCUCUUUGAAAAGUCCUGGCCGAUAGACAACCAACUCAAAAACGACAACGCAGAGGCUCUCUUUCGCUGGAUCGGUAGACAUAUUGCCCAAGUGGUUGGCGAUGCCUACGACGAGCUUGAUCUUUCCAGGACCGAGUCGCUGCCCAUGGGUGUGACGUUUAGCUUCCCCUCCCAGCAGCAUUCCUUAGCCGAAGCGACUGUGACUUCAAUGGGCAAAGGCUUUACCAUGCCCCCGAAUACCGAUCUUGGAGUCAGCCUUGAGAAAGGAUACGCCGAAUCUAAACCGGCCUACCUACCCGAGAUUAAAGUAACGGCCAUCUCAAACGAUUCCGUGUCCACGCUCGUCUCCUUCAUAUACAACUUUGGCGGAUCCUCAAACCAGCGCGCCAGCAUGGGACUGAUUCUAGGCACCGGUUCCAAUGCGACGGUACCACUUAGACUUAACCUGCUACACCAAAGCAAAUGGCCCAGGAAUAUUAAUGUUCUAGAUGGCGAGAACCUCAGCAACGUCAAAAUCGCCGUCAACACGGAGUGGAGUAUCAACGGUACUGCGCCCCCCAUGCGAAAACUUGGUCUCAUUACACCGUGGGACGACCAACUCUCUGCUCAGACGGAGAUUCCUGGCUUCCAGCCGCUAGAGUACAUGUCGGCCGGACGAUACCUGGGUGAGCUCGGACGAAUCAUGCUGGUGGAUUACAUGGUCAAGACAUUAUGCAUUGCCCAAGACACGUUGCCUUGUGCCUUGCUAGAACGUCAUGGUCUAUCGACCACAUUCUUGAGUCACUUCAAGCCUCUCGAGCAUGGCAAACUUUUGGCCAGCCUGCGCACUGAGCUGCCAGAAUCAACAGCCAAGGACGGCUUCGUCUGGACGGAGCACCUGGCCGAGGCGCUGUACAGGAUCGCCAAGGCAAUCGAGGUUCGCGCCGCUGGUGUCAUUGCGGCUGGUACCGUGGCCCUUUUGACGCUCUCAGAAGAGCUACCUGCCAACGCUGCAGAGGCGCCCCCAACGGCCAAGGAGCUGGGCGUUGGAUACACGGGCGGCUGUAUUGUGCACUUUCAGGAUUACCUGCAAGACUGCCAACGAUUUAUUGACGAGCUUAUGGACAAGCGAUUUGGCUCAAGAGGCGCUUGCCGAGUGGUGUUGAGCCCCUGUCAUGACGGCGGCAUCACGGGUGCCGGCAUUCUGGUGUCUGCGGCGUCGGUCAGCACAAAGACUGAAGCGGCAUGA